AUGGAUGCUGUUAUUUCUAAGCAAGACCGGCACAGAGGUGAUGGUAAUCAUAAUGUGCAGAAGAUGAGAAGAAUCUCGAAUGUUUCUUGGCUUGCAUCGAAGAGACAAGUUCACAAAACCCUUAAGAAUAGAGUUAAUGGCAAGAUAUGGAAACGGGAAGAGGACGAUGAUGAUGAUGAGUGGUCACUCCCAACAAGAACAAAAAAUUCAUCCAAGAAAGUGAAACUGACUCCUGCUUUUGAAUUCUCUAAAGGCAUUGGAAUUCCAAAGAAGCGGCUGAAUAAGAGAAGUAGUUUUGUAGUUGUAGACUUGGAGGGUGAUUCAGAAGAUGAAGUUUUAGAGCAAGCGUUUGUCAGUUUUUCUUGCUUCAAGCAGGCCAAAAUAGAAGCACGCCCAAAGUGUCAUCAGUGCAUGAAAAACGAAAGAAAAAUUGUUGUCCCUUGCAAGAAGUGUAAAAGCAAAAUAUAUUGUGUCCAAUGUAUCAAACAAUGGUAUCCACAGAUGACAGAAGAAGAAAUUGCAGAACAAUGUCCUUAUUGUCGUAGAAAUUGCAACUGCAAUGCGUGUUUGCACUCCAGUGGUUUGAUUAAGACAUCAAAAAGGGACAUCACCGACAGUGAAAAGAUUCAGCAUCUAAAAUAUUUGAUAAAGUCUCUGCUUCCCUUUCUGGAACAAAUCUGUGAAGAACAAACUCAAGAGAUGCAAAUUGAGGCUAGCAUUCAAGGUUCCUCCCCUGAGAUAGCAGAGAACUUCUGUAACAAUGAUGAGCGUGUCUAUUGCAACCAUUGUGCGACUUCUGUUGUUGACCUCCACCGCAGCUGCCCAAAAUGUGCUUAUGAACUGUGUCUCAGUUGUUGUCACGAAAUUCGUGAAGGAAGCUUGUCAAGUCGUGCUGAAAUGAAGUUUCGAUACGUAGACCGAGGCUCUGAUUACAUGCAUGGUGGAGAUCCACUGCCUUGUGAUUUUGAAAAUGCUGAGGAUCAAGGUGAACCAACGGUUGUGCUGUGGAAUGCCAAUGAUGAUGGAAGUAUUUCUUGUGCUCCAAAAGAAAUGGGUGGUUGUGGUGAUUGUGUACUGGAGCUAAAGCGUAUCCUUCCAAUGGGAUGCAUUUCAGAGUUGAAAAAGAAGGCGCGAGAUUUAGUAGGUUUUGACACGGAAAGGGCAGAUUCGAUGUGCAACAAUUCUGAAGCAGGGAGAGAGAUGCUGCGGAGCGCAGCUUCUAGAGAAGGAUCCAAGGACAAUUACUUGUAUUGUCCUGCUAUGAAUGACAUUCAAGAGGUUGAAGAGCUUUUUCACUUUCAAAAGCAUUGGGUUAAAGGUGAACCUGUUAUAGUUCGCGAUGCCCUUGAGGUAACAACUCAUUUGAGCUGGGAACCAAUGGUAAUGUGGCGUGCAUUAUGCGAAAAUGUGGACCCAGAGACAAGAGCUAAUAUGUCUGAAGUGAAGGCCAUUGAUUGCCUGGCUUCUUGUGAGGUGGAAAUUAGUACCUGUCAAUUUUUCAAGGGCUAUACAGAAGGAAGAAGAUAUGAAAACUUUUGGCCUGAGAUGCUGAAGCUGAAGGAUUGGCCCCCAUCUGAUAAGUUUGAAGACCUUCUGCCACGCCAUUGUGAUGAGUUUAUCAGUGCAUUGCCAUUUCAAGAAUAUAGUGAUCCCAAGGCUGGUAUCCUUAACCUUGCUGUGAAAUUUCCACCAGAUUUGCUCAAACCAGACAUGGGUCCGAAAACUUACAUUGCAUAUGGUACAACAGAAGAGCUCGGCAGAGGGGACUCUGUAACCAAACUUCAUUGUGAUAUGUCAGAUGCGGUGAAUAUUUUGACACAUACUGCAGAGGUAGCUUUAAGUGAAGAACAACAGACUGCUAUUCAACAGCUCAAAAGGAAACAUUUGGCACAGGAUGGGAAAGAACGUUUGGAGCAAGAUAAGCUAGACCAUCAUUCCAUUGAACAACUUGGUGACUGCAGCGGUAGCUGGAAAGAGAUGGGUGUAUCAAAGAUUAUUGAGACAGAGAAGCACCCCUCCCAAAUCAGUGAACAACUUGAGCUUUCCCAUAAUCAGCCGAGAGGAGCUACACUCCCUGGUUUGCCCAGUGAAGGUGAAACAGAUAAUAUGUGUGGUGCAUUGUGGGACAUUUUUAGAAGGGAGGAUGUCUCCAAGUUAGAAGAAUAUUUAAGAAAGCACUCCAUGGAAUUUAGGCACACUUACUGCUCCCCAGUAAAACAGGUCGUCCAUCCAAUUCAUGACCAGUGUUUCUACUUAACUUCGGAGCAUAAAAAGAAGUUGAAGGAGGAAUUUGGUAUUGAACCUUGGACAUUUGAACAAAGAGUUGGAGAAGCCGUAUUUAUUCCUGCUGGUUGCCCACACCAAGUUAGGAAUCUCAAGUCAUGUACAAAAGUUGCCGUAGAUUUUGUCUCUCCUGAAAAUGUCCGGGAGUGCCUUCGCUUAACCAAAGAGUUCAGACAACUUCCAAAGAACCACGGGGCUAGAGAAGACAAACUUGAGAUCAAGAAGAUGAUAAUCUAUGCAAUUGCAGAAGCAAUUAAAGAUUUAGAAGAACUGAUACAAUGACAGCAUUGAGUUCUACACAAAGUGGCAACUGAAGAACAAAGAAGCCAAAGUUAAUUAUUCCCUUUUUUUCCAAUUUUUUAACAUUGUUGUUACAUUAAUUAAAGUUGUUUUGAAGGAUGUAAAUCAUCAAUUUAAUGUUU